AACUGAAAUUUCAACUUCAAAUCAGUCCCCUCUCUGCUGCCUCCUCCUCCGCUCCGCCAUGGAAACCCUAGCCGUCAGCUCCCGAGAGCUGACGUCAACUCUCACAUUUCCGUCCACUGUCGCGGUCAAUUUCAACGGCCGAUUUUCCAGCUCUCUUCCUCUGCUUCGCUCCACCGCGCGUGUCCGUACGCUCAGAUGCUCCGCCCUCUCGUCUCCUUCGCUAGCUGAGCAAUCAGAGAAGUUUUUCGAGGCUUCGAAGAAUGGGAAUCUGAUUCCUCUAUACAGGAGUGUAUUUUCGGAUCACUUAACUCCGGUGCUUGCUUACCGGUGUCUGGUUAAGGAGGAUGAUAGAGACGCUUCGAGUUUUCUUUUCGAGUCAGUUGAGCCGGGAUCCAAGGACUCCAAUGUUGGGAGGUACAGUGUUAUUGGAGCGCAACCGUCUAUUGAGAUUGUAGCAAAAGAGAACAUGGUGACGAUUAUGAACAAUAGAGAAGGGCGUAGGACAGAGGAGAUUGUGGAGGAUCCAAUGACUGUUCCUCAGAGAAUCACAGAGGGAUGGAUCCCGCAACGUCUUGAUGAGCUGCCAGAAGCAUUUUGUGGUGGAUGGGUUGGUUACUUCUCUUAUGAUACAGUGCGUUAUGUGGAGAAGAAAAAGCUGCCAUUCAGUGGUGCACCACCAGAUGAUAGAAAUCUUCCUGAUCUUCACCUUGGCCUGUAUGAUAAUGUGAUAGUGUUUGAUCAUGUUGAAAAGAAAGCACAUGUAAUUCACUGGGUGCAAUUAGAUCAGUAUUCUUCUGUUGAGGAGGCAUUCAAUGAUGGAAUGAAUAGAUUGGACACACUGGUAUCCAGAGUGCAUGACAUUGUCAGCCCGAGGCUGCCUGCAGGUAAAAUAGAGUUACAGACUCAUCUCUUUGGAGCUAAAUUGGAGAAUUCAAACAUGACAAGCGAGGAAUAUGAGGAAGCAGUUCUGAAAUCUAAAGAACACAUCUUAGCUGGGGAUAUAUUUCAGAUAGUAUUAAGUCAGCGUUUUGAAAGGCGAACAUUUGCAGACCCAUUCGAAAUUUACCGAGCAUUAAGGAUAGUUAAUCCAAGUCCAUACAUGACUUAUUUACAGGCUAGAGGCUGUAUUCUGGUUGCUUCAAGUCCAGAAAUUCUUACACGUGUUAAGAAUAGAAAAAUCACCAACCGACCUCUUGCUGGGACUGUUAGAAGAGGAAAAACACCUAAAGAAGAUCAAAUGAUGGAAAAUCAUCUUUUGAAUGAUGAAAAGCAAUGCGCAGAGCACAUUAUGCUUGUAGAUCUGGGGAGGAAUGAUGUCGGGAAGGUCUCAAAACCUGGUUCUGUCAAGGUUGAGAAGCUCAUGAACAUUGAGCGUUAUUCCCAUGUCAUGCACAUAAGUUCAACUGUCACUGGAGAGUUGCUUGAUCACUUAAGUAGUUGGGAUGUCCUACGAAGUGCAUUGCCGGUUGGGACUGUCAGCGGAGCACCUAAGGUGAAAGCCAUGGAGCUGAUUGAUGAGCUGGAAGUGACUAGACGUGGUCCAUACAGCGGCGGUUUUGGAGGAAUUUCGUUUUCUGGAAAUAUGGACAUUGCCCUUGCUCUGCGAACUAUUGUUUUCCCAACUAGCUUUCGAUAUGAUACAAUGUAUUCAUACAAGGAGGCAGGUAAGCGGCGAGAGUGGGUUGCUCAUCUCCAAGCUGGAGCUGGAAUUGUGGCUGACAGUGUUCCAGCUGAGGAGCAGAGAGAGUGUGAGAACAAAGCUGCUGGUCUUGCAAGGGCUAUUGAUCUUGCAGAGUCAUCGUUUGUUGAUAGCUGA